UGAAGGCGACAUGGAUUUAACGAUCGAACAGGCACGUGCUUUGGAUACGUCAUCACGAAAUGGAUUAAUCGAAUCUAGCAAACGAUGGCCAAACAACCGAGUUUUCUAUGAAAUUAACGACGAACACACGAUGGAAGAACUGGUUGAAAUUGAAAGAGCAAUGCAAGUAAUUGAAUCGGUCUCAUGCGUUCAAUUCAAAGAACGUACCCAUGAGCACGGAUAUAUUGUAUUUGGCGCAUCAGGAUCAGGCUGUUCAUCUAAAGUAGGAUACCAUGGCAAUGCACAAACAAUAAAUUUGGCUCCAAAAUGUUUUCAACGUUUCGGAACUAUUAUCCACGAAUUAUUGCAUGCUCUUGGAUUCUAUCACAUGCAAAGCACCCAUGAUCGUGACGAUUAUAUAAAAAUCAAUUAUGAAAAUAUUCGAACUGGCAUGGAGAGAAACUUUAACAAGUAUGACUUGCAAAGGGUCACCAAUUUUGGACAAAAAUACGAUUAUGAAAGUGUAAUGCAUUACAGUGGAUAUGGCUUCUCAAAAAAUGGACAACCAACCAUUGAGCCGUAUAACAAAUCAUACACAAAUGUCAUUGGACAGCGAAUUGGAAUGAGUAGCACAGACAUAUUGAAACUAAAUAUAAUGUACAACUGUAAUUCUCUAGAUGAAACUUAUGAAUCUGGGCCAUUUUGUACAAGGAAUCUCAAUCUACCAAUGUGCUUACUAAAACCGAGUACUUGACUAAAACUCUUGUCCAAAAUAGAAUGAACAAAAAUUGAAACAACUUUUAUU